AUGAGCCAGAGAGCGGACAGAUUCAAGGCGCUCCGAAUGCGACGAAACGCCAUCGACACCGAGCGAUUGUUGUCGUUUUUACACGAAGAGCUGCGCGAGAUGCACGUCUCUCAAACGGAUUUCGCGAUCGGAGUGCUCGAACGGAAGCGCGGAUGCUGCUCUGACAUCUUCCGAAGCUCCCGGUCCUGGGUGGAUUCGUCGUCGACCAGACGGCGUAUUUUAGAGAAAAUAUACGAUUGGCUGAUGCUGUCGGACGACGAACGGAAUGCCGUGCUGCCGAAGAAGAAGAAGCCGGAGAUGACGAAGGAGGAGGAGGAGAGAAUCGAGAAAAGUGUGGAAGAGAUUCUGGCGGCGGCGAUCAGACGGCGAAGUGCUGAAGAAAGUGCGAAUAAGGCGAUUUCGAGUGUGGCGGAAGAGGUGCAGAAGACCGCCAAACUGUACGACUGAGAUUUGAGAUUAGGCCCCUUCAUACUGAUUUCAGGCCCUCAGAUCAACAGCCUACACCGAUUCUCACAGACGUGAAAGUGAAGCCAGAAGAGACUUUCGAAGGUCCAAGUACGUCUUCAGCGCCAUUUCCGUCAAUCAAGAAUACUCGGUGAGAAAUGGCGACGUCCUCAGAAUCUGUAAUCUGUGGCGUUGCAAAGGCGACUACUUUUCUCAGUUGAAAUUUGAAAAUUCGCGUUUGCUCACGUCGUUUUCGAAACCCCCGUGUAACUAACUAAUUUCAGACAAGAACAAAAAAGCUUUUACGUCGACAAUCUUCUAUCCCAAAUAAUGGAAAAACAAGGAUUUCCUCCUCCCCCUCUUCCUCCGAACCCGAAUCCUUUAGAAGCUGUUGUGAAGCAGGAGCCGGCCGAGCUAAUUCAGCCAAAAUCAGGAAUGGUUGAACAGAGUAAUUACUCCGAAGCGUCGGUCCCGGUGGAUACGCAACUCAAUCGGUGAGCAAACGCGCUCCACCGCAUUGCGCUCAUUGGUCGACUAAUUCUUAUUCUACAAAUUCUUAGUCCAAUUUCAGAUUCUCCGAUCAUCAUAGACCGCAAGAUGCGCCGAAUAAACUGGACGAUUUUCCUGCCGAAUCGUCGUCACUGAUAGCCAAAGAACGAGAGCGUGCGACUGCUCCGAAGCGAAGAUUUUCGGUUUGCUGCAAAGAAAAUUCGCCAACAAUUGAAGAUGAGCAAGAAGACGUUGAGCAUCUGUGCGAUGGACCCACAGAAAUGUGAGUUUUCAAGCGAUUUCACACAAAAUAAUUUGAAUUCAGGUCCUCCGAACACUCAAACGGCGAUGCUUCCACUCAUUCAGCAGAACUGUUCGCCAGACCGUCCGAAGUAGCUCCUGCUCCAAAUUCGAGAGCACAAACGGUCGAAGAGAAGGAGAAUCACCCUGAGAUGACCGAAAAAGGCACGAGAAGGCCGGAAAGACAACGUUUACUCACUGAGAGCCAAGCUCCGCCUCGCAAAAAGAAAGGGUAAUCGAUUUUUAGGAUAUGUGUCAUUUUUGACAUCAAAAUGACCAAUGAGACAUAAAUCUAAAAUCGAUGGUUCAUUCCAGGCUGGCGGAUGAGAAGCCGGAACCGACGCCAGAGGAGGAAGCAGCUAUGAAACAGAGUGUAGAAGAAAUGGUUGCCAAGAUAAAAAGGGACAAUCCCGAUUGCUUUCCCCCGCCCGUAUCGGAAGUUCCAGUUGAGAAGGAUCACAGUGCCAAGGACCAGAAUGAUUUAUCGAAAAAACGAGAGAGAACGAGUUUGAACGCGUCGAGAACGGAGCCAACUGAAAAGACGAUCGAUGAGUCCGCGAAGAAUCUAGAAGAACCUCAAAUUCCAACUUCAACGACCCAGGAGAAAUCAGAAUCACAACCGAACCAAGCGCAAAUGGAGGAAGAAGCCCGGCAGAGAGCAGCACGAGAUCUGGCUCUGGCCGCGAUGAUCGCAGAGGAACUUGCUCUCAAGAAGAAGCGAGAGCAAGAACUAGCGCGACAGAAGUCCGAGUCCAUUAUUGUGAAACUCCUCGAGGCUCCACGCGAACCAGCAGUCAAGCCCACGCGCCAGCGACAAGCUCCGCCUCUCAAGAAGACGAGGUGAGGUUGGGGAUCAGAGUAGGCUGGUCGAACAGGCGCCUGUUUUUUCAACGGGCCGCCGCUUCCCUGCGUUGAGAAAACAGGCGCCUGAAAUCGCCUGUUCGACCAGCCUAGAUCAGAGUCCUAACUCGAAAAAAAUGCCCAUGAACAAAACCGCGUGGCUCUUUCCAUUUUCGCAUCUCGUACGUUUGCAACCAGCUCUGCAAAAUCUUCACAAAAAGGAAGAGAAAGAAUGACUGCGCGGAACAGGUACCCAAACAGCUUCGGACGGGUGUGCACUCGUCUGAUGGUACCAGUUCUCAGCCGUAAGAGUUGCUGGGAUGGAGAGAGUCAACACCUGCGCGUAGUCAAGGUUGUAGUCCUGGCCUAGAAAAACCAUCGGUCCAAUAUUCCAGCCCACGGCCACAACUUUGAAUGCACGUAGAUACGUUCAGAUGCAUUUUUCCUUGAGAACCGUUUUCGAAAGUCACUUCAGGCGGACAGAACAGAAGAAUCCUUCGAACCGGGUUCCAGUUGCGCAAGACAAAAGCGACAUGGGUGUAAUGACGCUGUUAACGAAACCGACGACGUCUCAGAGAAGUCUCCCGGCCGUUUCUGUGCCGCCGCCGUCGCGCAAAUCUGGAGUUUUGCAAGCACGGAAUGCUCAAUCGGCCCAAUUUAAAUCUCCGGAACCCAAAUCGAAAUUGACGCCAGAGCAGGAGGAUGAGAUCGACAUGCAUAUUGCGGACAUUACGAUGACGUUGAAGCUGAAGGAUCCGACUUAUCAAAUUGAUCCGAAGCUGGUGGUCAGCAACAAGUUUCUGGCGUCGAUUCUGGCCAGAGUGAAAGCGGAUCCGGAUUAUGUUUAUAAGUCGGUACGAGAGGAAAUGGCGGAGAGGGUGGAGGAUCCGACGCCCGAGACAGAAACAGUCCAAACGCCUGAAAAACCGUCAGAAGAUCCGUUGAUGACGUCGCUGAAAGAGGCGAUCGCAUCCGAGGUCGGACAGUUGAACGCCCAGCUCUUUGAGAAGAUCUCCAAGGCGAUCAACGACUCGAGCAAGACUGUCAUGGACAAAAUUGAGGCGUACGUUCAUUUGGAGCCUUUAGAAUUCGAAAAAUUAGGGUUUCUAAUUUCAGUACUGCUCCAGAAGGCCCAACGACGAAGGGAACCUUUUUGGUCGGUCUGAAGAACCUGUUGACGAAGAUGGACAGUCGAGAAAUGGACGGAAUGAUUCGGAGAAUUGAGACGUUGAUUCGGAAGCCGGAAAAAGUGAGAAAAAUUCUUAUUGCUAACCAAACACGCUCCUCUGCACUAUGCAAAAAGUAUAAGAAAAGGGCGGCUAACUAAAAUGUUUUCAAAUCUGAACAACAAUAAAAUGAGCUUCAGCCUCUGCCAAUCGCCGCCAUCCUCAAAAUGCUCGAUCUUGGGCUCACAAUAAUGGAGCACGACGACUAG